AUGGCAGAGGCGCCGGGUGCGCAGGACGAUGAUGGCGCCACUGGGAGAGUUGUGGCGAGGGUGAAGGAGGGUACGGGGGAGGAGGAGGAGGAGGAGGCCAAGCCACACCGCCGUGCAUCAUCUCUCCUGCGCUUCUCGGGGUCCCCUCAUCGCCAGAUCUCCUCGCCACCCCCUCGGGCUCCCACAGCUCCCUCCCUUUCUCUCCCUCUCCUAGUUCUCUCCCUCUCCCAGUCCUCUCCCCUCCCGCCGCCCUCCCUUGUCUCUCCAUACGCGUCUCGCCGCUUCUCGCACCUCGCGCGCGUGGCCGUUCUCCCCGAGGAAGAGCAGCCCUACAGCCCCCCCCCCGCUCCACGACGCCGGUACCUCAUGCUGAUUUCUCACGGCGUACCACUCGGGGCCUCGGGUGCCUGCAACUCUCUCUCCCCGCACGUGAACCUGCGACCGAGGCCCAACCAGCGCCCGUACACGACGGCGCACGCAUUCAUUCAAAAUCAUCGCCAUCCAAUCUUCCCGCCGCGGGCCUCCCCGAGCGUUCCUGCGCUCAAUAAGUUUCAGCGCGCGUCUCGACGGCACGCGACGCUUUCGCUCGCCUCCGCCCUCUCGCCCCCACAGCGCGCGUCUCAACUCUAUCAGCGCUACAGCAGCAGUAGCAGCAGUAGCAGUGUUCGAAGGGCCCGACGUGGCCUUCGCGAUCUCCACAGCUCGGAAGCCCGUUUUGUAAUGGCCUCUUCUCAGACUUCCUCAUCAGGACUUCCUGCCGGUUUCCGAGUUUUCAUGCCGGAGCGCUUCGUCGCCGUGCUCGCAUGA